CGACCAGAAAUCCUGGAUAUUUUUUUCCAGAGCCAUCUAAAGCUGGUAUCCAGCAUUUUCCAGAGAGUCAAAGAACAUCAGGUCAUUCAGAAGGAGCCAGGAAGUAAAUGCCAAGGGCUGAAGCAACCGUCUUUUACACUAGUAUCCAGACUCCAGCAGUCCUUGCAAGAUCUCACGACUAAGUUGAACAGGAGCCAUGUUUUCUUUGUUCGGUGCCUCAAACCCAAUUCCAGAAUGGUAUGGUGUCCUGGCCGCUCGGGGGUCGAACUGCUUACCAGAAAGGGACAGUUGUAUCACUGUACUGUCACGUGUUGUGGGAGACCUCUCAGACCUCUAUCAGGUUGGAAUCACCAAGGUGUUCUUGAAAGAAAAAGCAAGGCAAAUGCUUGAAAGAAGAUGGAACCAAAAACUAAGCUGGGCCAUUGUUACCCUUCAACGCAAUCUCCGAGGCCUCAUCAGCCGGAGGCAGUUCCAAGUCUUCAAGCAAAAGGUCACGUUCGUUCAGGCUCACUUCCGGGGUCAUCUGGCAAGGAAACGCUAUCAAAGAUUAAAGAAGACUUUGAUUCAGUUUGGGGUGGCCGUGUUUGUCUCCAGACCAGUGGUUCAGAGAAGGAAGCAAUACCAGGACGUUCAGCUGCUGGAAAUCCCUGCUGAGCUCGCAGCCCUUCUCCGCUUGGCUGAAGAGCGACACUAUGGCCAGAUUAAUCAAGUCACAGAAGUUUUGCCGCCAGAGGCCAAAGCAAAGGUCGAUCUCUCUCUGCCGCCCAACAUCAACACCUUUCCCUUCUCUACCUUUAUGAAAUCUCAUUUCCAGGAAGCAAGUUUCCCUGCCCUUGGACAGCCUCUGCAACAACCCUUGAUCCGGCUGGAUGCUGAGCACAAACAAAAUGCUCUGCAGUUGAACAAACUGAUCCUACGAUUCAUCAAUGAGAAGGGCCUGCAAAGCUGGCAGGAAGAGCUCCUGGGGAACUAUAUAGUGCGCCAAGGCUUGGCCAACCCCUCCUUGCGCAAUGAGCUGUUCAGCCAGGUGGCCAGUCAGGUGUGGAAGAACCCAGACCUGGAGCAAUGCCAACGAGGUUGGGUAUUGAUGGCUACCCUCCUGAGCGCCUUCACCCCUUCGCCAGCUCUGGAGAAGCCCCUGCUGAAGUUUGUGUCAGACUGUGGUCUAGAUGGAUAUAACGCCGUGUGCCAGCGUAAACUCCUGACAGCCAUGAGCCGGAUGGAAGAUGAUCCAGAGAUAGCCCAUGUUUUCCCUCCCACUCGGCUGGAAUGGACCACCAACCAGAGGAAAGGCAAGAUGGUGCUGGAUGUUUACACUUACGAAGAGGAGAUGAUUUCAGCCGAAGUGGAGUCUUGGACAACAGGAGAGCAAUAUGCAAGUUGGGUUUUGAGUUCAAGGGGCCUGGAUAGCAUCCCUCGUGGCUGGUCUGUAUCCAUGUUUACAGGCAAGACCUGGCAAGAUUUACCAGGCUGUGACUUUGUGCUGGAUCUCAUUGGAGAAAUGGAGGAAGGUAGCUUGCCAACUGGGUCUUCCCCUAACUAUCCCAUAACACCAGAGAAGGAUGAAAGCUACUCUCAGCAGAACUCUCCAGACACGAUGCUCUUGAACAUCCCUCCUGCACCAGCUAUUCAGGCGCCAUCAUUACCUCCAAAUUUUGACAAAGAAUAUGUUGCCUAUCCAGAAUCAGGCACUGGAGAUAGCCGAAGGUCCUCCAGAGGGAUAUAUUGUGAUGUAGAUGGUCUUUUCAUGCCUGUUCUGCAACAGGGACCCAGAGCUCAUAUGUCAAGUAUGGAGAAUGAGGGGAGUCUUACAGGAAGUAUGAAAGGAGGUGGGAAAAUUGGACCAACUCAGCAAGUCUUCCCCACUGCAGGAUAUUCAGGAAUGAUGCACAUGCCCACUUACCAGCCUCUACCAACUAUGGGAGGGAUGAUGCCUGCAACCAUGCCAGUGAUGCCAGGGCUUGGCGGAAUGGGAUCAGUGCCAGCUAUGGGUAUGUCCCAGCCCAUGUUGCCAUCAGUGGAUCCCAGCCAGUUAGCUGCAGCGCAGCAACAAGCCUUUAUCAACCAGCAGGCUUUGCUUAUGGCUCAGCAGAUGACUCUUCAAGCAGUGACACUUUCCCAGCAACAACAAGACCAGCAACAUCAGCAAAGAGGGCGGUCUCCUGAGUCUUCAAGACCAAGGCAUGCGUCACCACGGAGGAGGUCUCCUGACUCUCCAAGGCGCGUGUCAUCACGGAGGAGGUCUCCUGAAUCCCCAAGGCGAGCGUCAUCACGGAGGAGGUCUCCUGAAUCCCCAAGACGAGCGUCAUCACGGAGGAGGUCUCCUGAAUCCCCAAGGCGAGCGUCAUCACGGAGGAGGUCUCCUGAAUCUCCAAGGCGAGCGUCAUCACGGAGGAGGUCUCCUGAAUCCCCAAGGCGAGCGUCAUCACCAAGGAGGUCUCCUGAAUCCCCAAGGCGAGCGUCAUCACAGAGGAGGUCUCCUGAAUCUCCAAGACCACAGCGAGCAUCACUGCAGGAGAAGUCAGUUGAAUUUUCAAGACCAAAAAAGGCUUCUCCUCCUCCUCCUCCUCUUAAAUCAGCCUUGGCUCCUAAAUCCAGCAACAAAGAUGUGUUGAUGCCAGAUGUACCAGAAUCUCCUCCUCAGCUACCAGCAUCGAUCCACCUCUCCCAGGAAAAGCAGCUUUCGGAUAUAAGACAAGACUCCAUCUCUCGCAUGGCUUUCCAGAAGAAAAUUGAGUACUUCCGGAAAAUGGGGCAGAAUACAAGCCCUGUGGAGAAAGAUCCUACAAAGAGGUGGAGCUCUCCAAGGAAAAUGAACUCUGAGGAUCAAGUGGCAUCUCAAAGGGUCAGUCCUCCUGUAUCUAAUACAGGCCCUUCUCCUCCUUCCACACAGAAUGACAAUGACCAAGAAAUGACCGUAAGCGAGGCCCUGCCCCCUAGGGUGAAGCAUUUGGAACUGACACCAAAAUCUGAACCCAGCAAGGAGAUACAGGAGAUAAUUAAAACACACAAGAGCCGCCCAGUCCCACCACCAAAACCCAUCAUGCCUCUUGGAAAUGUCUCCAAACCUUUCUUGAAGAAGAAUGAUCCAAAGGAAGAAGCUCUAACAAAGCUAGGGAUUAUGGGAUCGAGUCCUUCACCGCCGCCCUCCGCAUCACUAGAGAGCAGCCCUCGAGCAACUCCUCCUCCACCACCACCUCCACAACAACCGGUCAAGCCGUCCAACAACAUCAAAGAAAAACAGCUACCCCUCAUGAAUCUUUUUGCUCAGGGUCCCAUCUCUCCCCCUGCCUCAGGAGUCCCUCUUCCUCAUCUUACCUAUGGACUGCCCCCGCCAGCAUCUUCCCUUCCUUCAAAUAGUGCACCUGCCUUGAAAAGCUCCAGUUUGACAGCAAUGGAAGAAAAUGCCAGUUCCAAAACCCAGCUCUUCAAUCUUGCAGCUAGUGUCUGUUUCUCCUAUGCCCACCCUACUUGGAAACUGUUCCUGCGUAAAGAAGUUUUUUACCCGAAGGAGAACUUCAGUCACCCUUAUUGCCUGAAUCUGUUAUGUGAUCAGAUCAUAAGAGAUACUUACUCAGAGUCAUGCAUUCGGAUCUCCAGAGAAGAGCGGCACAAGAUGAAACAUAUGUUAAUGGAGUUCCAGGUGGGAAUGAAUGCCAGUUCCAUUCCAGAAGAAGGCAUGAAGAAGAGGAUUGUAGUAGCUGCUCGUGAUAACUGGGCCAAUUAUUUCUCUCGUCUUUUCCCGGUGAAGGGAGAAAAUGGGAGUGAUGUCCAAAUUCUGGGUGUUUCUCACAGGGGACUGCGGCUGUUGAAGAGGGCAAAAGCAGCCAAUUGCAGUCCUGAGCACCUGAAAAUCAUUUGCAGCUACAGUUAUGCUGAAGUGCUUUCCUUGGAGCUGAUUGGCCGGAGCAUCAUACAGUUUUCUCUGAAGAGCGAGCAGCUCAUUCUUCACUCUCCAAAGGCCCGGCAAAUUAAGGCCAUGGUGGAUCUCUUCCUCCAUGAAUUGAAACAGGACUCCAACUUUGUCAUUGUUCUGCGUAGCAACAUGACAGAUGACAAGAGCCUCUUAAACGUCAAGAAUGGUGAUUUCAUCCGUCUGCUGCCCAUGGACGGACUGGAGCCAGGGUGGCAGUUUGGUUCCACUGGUGGUCGCUCUGGCCUCUUCCCUUCCAACUUGGUUCAGCGUGUGGCGGCUCCUGAUUACCUCAGCCUUCAUCUGAACAGACAGGAAAAGAUCAAGAACUGCACAAAGAGAGACUCACAGGAGAAAGUCUUUAGCAAGAAGAACUCUACCCCCAGCCUGAAGUCAGACAUUUCUGGCACAACUACUUACAGUGUUUCCUCUUCCGACAUCUGCCACUACACUAUGGUAGAGUUUGCCAUGGUACACUUCCGGGAAGCCCAGUCAAAGCUAGGAUGGAAGGGGACAAACGCUGACCAAAAGAACCUGAAUCUUUUAGUCCAACAUAGUAAGGUACCAAUCCAGGAAUCGCUGCUGUUCUGCUCUGACAGUGAAAUGAAUGAGCUAGCUGCAAAAAAUUUCAUGAAUCUGAUGAGGUUUAUGGGAGACCAACCACAUCUUAAAGGCCAUGCUGACAUGGAUUAUAUCUAUGAGAUCCUCCAGGUUUGUCUUGUGCAAAUGUACAAAGAGAAGGAAAAUUUACGGGAUGAGGUUUACUGCCAAAUCAUCAAGCAAAUCACUGAGAACCCCAAUAAGGACAGUUGCCACCAGGGCUGGCAAGUCCUGAGUCUCUUGACUGGAUACUUCCUUCCCUCCAGCACCUUGAUGCCGUAUGCAACCAAGUAUCUGCAGCAGGCCAGCUCUGACAUCACUAGCCCUUGCUCAGAAAUGGCCAGGACUUGCCAUAGCAAUCUGAGGAAACUGGUCAUGUAUGGGCGCCGCCAGCACCUGCCAUUCCGGGUGGAGAUGGAAGCACUACUGAAGGGACGCACCUCACGUCGGGUAUCGAUUAACCUACCUGGAGAUCAGAGAUACGACACAAGAAUCAAGACGUUCACAGUGGCUGCAGAGGUGGUGAAGGAAAUCAGUGAGCAGAUUGGAGUCACUGACCCAGAGGAGAUGGAGGAAUUUGCCAUCAUUGCCAGUAAAGAUGAUGGUAAAGUAGUACAACCCUUGUGCCAGAAGGACUACGUCCAUGACUAUUUGCUAGAAGAAAGUUCGGUAGGGCUGAGCUUCUGCAGGAUCGCUUGGAAGACACCCUUGCAUUUUGAGAAUACAGCUUACAUCGACAUUCACUACAACCAGGUGUUGCAGAAUUAUAUAAAAGGAAGACUGUUGCUGGAGCAUAGCAGUGAACUGAAACAGCAAGUGGGUAUCUUGGCUCUGCUCCAGCACUGGGCCCGAGGAGCUGGAUCUAUGCCUUCCAUGCAGGAAUUAAAAGAUUACACCCCUGAGCCUGUGACACAACUCAUGGACACCUCAGUCGUUCAAGCCUCGGUCACCAACCUCCUGGAGACCAUGAAACCACUUCAGCCACGAGAGGCAAAAAUCAGUUUCAUUGAGCAUGUGAUCCAGCUGCCACUUUUUGGCUACAAUGUUUACCCCCUGGAGAGGAUCAGCAGACCUGGGAUUCCCAUGCCCUGCUUCGUAGGAGUGAAUCAGGAACAGAUCAUUGUAAUGGACAUGAAGUCUCAGACCCUUCACUGCCUGAUUCCACUGAAGGAGAUAAAGAAGAUGCGAACUUUGCAGCCCCUUGAUGCUUUUGGCAUUCCUGGUUUGGAAGUGAACUAUGGCUCAGCAGAGGAUCCAAAAACUACAUGGUUUGAAUUGAAACAGGCAAAAGCAUUGUAUCACACUAUCGCCGUCAUCAUGGAAGAAGCCGAGUCCCACAGCCAGUGGCGGCCAACAGAAGACUCACAGCAAUAUAAUGUCUAUUCCUGAAGGAGUUUGAGACCCCUCAAGUUUGUUGAGGGUCUGUACUGGGCCAAGUAAAUUUUCUCUGUUUUGGAACCCUCCUCUUCCCAAACAAUAUUCAUCACUAACAUCUAUAGAAA